AUGGCGCCCCUCUACAAGGACCUCUCUCGUCUAUCUUUCACGCUUCCUAUCCAAACCCCCGUGCUACACACGCGCGAGGACCUGCCUGCAUGGACGAAACACAUCAGAAACACUGCAGAACUCUGCGGUGUUUGGCAAUACUGCAAUCCCGAGCAAACAGAAGAGGCGUAUCUGAUCCGGCGUAAAGCGCUGGAUACCUCGUCGCAUCCUCCAGGCCUCAGUCACCUCCAAGGCCGACUGAAACCCUCGGGCGGUAUCAGGAACAAGGACCUCGACCGGAUGCAGUUACUCGUGGCUGAGUCCAAGAAGAGCGAGAUGGAACUCGCACACAAGAAGUCGGCUCUGGAAACAAUCUACCAGAUGAUCCUGGCUUCCGCCUCGAAAUGGAAGAAGUUCGUCGACAAACCAUCCCCUUACCACCAGUUGGUUGAAUUCAAAAAUUUCAUGGAUGGACCAUCAACCGACGAAAUGAACCGCCUCUACUCCGAAUGGAGUGAACUACAGCGACUGGGACAGUCCCCCGACGUGCAGAAGUACCUAACUCACUUCAAAGCACUGUACGGAGCAUGCGAGGAGCUCAACUUGGCAACUCGCAGUACGAUCGAGGCGCUUGGAGAAAGCCUGUUGAUGUCCUUUCGGGAUACCUGGGGACGUCUAGAAGGGCAGAGCUGGUUCACAAAGGACUCCGGCCGUCCGUACACUGAAAAGGAGGAGACCUACAGUGACUUUGAGGAAGAGGAGACCAUGGAGGAUGAGGAAGCCCCCUACGAUGAAGAGUCAGACUAUGUGUGGUCUGAGGAAUAUUUCUUGUACUCGGCCGAUGCGUUGUCGGACCGAUGGGAGGAUCCUUGGCCGGAUCUGUGA